AUGAUAGAGGCAGUUUCUGGUCGUCGACAUUGUCAAACAUACGACAUCAACAAACAAAACUCAAGGAUCCAGAGUUGGAAGGAUGCAAAGAGAGCUUGUGAAAGAAAGCGGAUGUCCCUCUUGAAAAUUGACCAUUUUGAGGAAGAUGUCUUUCUUCAAAAGUUCCUGCAAAGAGAAAAUCCUGGAUAUAAUGCCGAUGGAUGGUUCAUCGGAGGGGAAUACCGUAGAGGGGAAUGGAGAUGGAGCGACGGGUCCCGAAUGACCUACCAGAAUUUCCUCGGGUCAGACAACGCUUUUACGGCUCGUUCCCAAGAUGUCACAAACUACGCUUUCAUAAUGAAGAGAGGUUACCAGUGGGGAUACGUUUCUCCCUUCGGGACCCAGAGAAUGGGCUACAUCUGUGAGAGUACGAGAUGUUGAAAUAAAAAGUUUGGCAUUUAAAAAUAGUUUUUACUUUUCCAAGAGAAUUUUAAGUUUGCUUUGUUAAU